AACAUGAUUAAGAAUCUCAGUUAAAUUACAAGAUGCCAGGGACGAAUAAUUAAGCAUCAUAUAAGUAUCUUGCCUGCUCACCAUCUUUCUCAGAAACAUACACACUAAGCUAUGGAGUUAGAAAUCUGCUUCAAGGUGACAGGGAGCCUGUUUUUGGCAUAUGUGGUGGUGGUUGCAUGGAGACUACUCAACUGGGUCUGGAUUAGGCCUAAGAAACUCGAAAAGAUGCUGAGAGACCAGGGCUUCAAAGGUAACUCCUACAGGCUUUUGUAUGGAGACAUCAGAGAACUUGCUGCUCUUAAGAAACAAGCAAGAUCCAAACGCAUCGGUCUUUCUGAUGAUAUUCUACCCCUUGUAGCCCCAACGGUACAUGCUGCUAUAAGUAAACAUGGAAAGAAGUCAUUUGUAUGGCUGGGACCAAAACCAUUAGUCUACAUCACGGAUCCUGAUCUUAUAAAAGAGGUCUUGAAUAAAAUCUUUACCUUCCAGAAGCCGAGUGGCAACCCUUUAACCAAGUUAAUCGGAGAUGGACUUGUCACUGCUGAGGGUGAUAAAUGGACCCAACACCGAAAAAUCAUGAAGCCUGCCUUCCAUUUGGAGAAGUUAAAGGAUAUGCUGCCAGCCAUGUAUUUGAGCUGUAGUGAGAUCAUGAGCAAAUGGAAGGAGAUGGUUUCUACAGAGGGGCAGUGCGAGUUGGAUGUAUGGCCUUAUAUAGAGACCCUAACGAGUGAUGUCAUAUCACGCACAGCCUUCGGAAGUAGCUAUGCAGAAGGUAGAAAGAUAUUUCAACUACAGAAAGAACAAGCAGAGCUAGUGAUGCAAGCUGCACAAACUUUGUACCUCCCAGGAAUGAGAUAUUUGCCAACCAAAAGAACUAGAAGGAUGAAGGAGAUAAGCAAUGAAGUGAGAGCUGCACUUACACCUAUCAUUAGCAAGCGCUUGAAGGCAAUGCAAGCAGGGAAGCGUAUCCAUCAUGACUUGUUAGGCCAAUUGCUGGAAUCAAAUUCUGCAGAAAUUAAAGAAAACAAAAACAUGAAAUAUGCAAUGAGUGUUAAUGAUAUCAUCGAAGAAUGCAAGCUAUUCUAUUUUGUUGGACAAGAGACGACCUCAAAUCUUCUUAUUUGGACAAUGAUUUUAUUGAGUCAGCAUUCAUAUUGGCAAAAACGCGCUAGAGAAGAGGUUUUGCAGGCCUUUGGAAGCAAUAAGCCGGAUCUUGAAGGGUUGAAUCGCCUUAAAGUUGUCAAUAUGAUUUUGCUAGAGACUCUAAGAUUAUAUCCUUCUGGAACUGUACUCACUCGAACUACAUCUGAAGAUAUUAAAUUAGGAGAAAUAGCGCUUCCUGCUGGAGUGUUGCUGCAAAUAUCUAUCAUCCUAAUGCAUCAUGACAAAGAGAUUUGGGGUGAUGAUGCAAAGGAAUUCAACCCUGCGAGAUUUUCUGACGGUGUGUUAAAAGCAACAAAUGGAAAAACAGUAUAUUUCCCAUUCAGCUCAGGACCCCGGAUAUGCAUUGGACAAAAUUUUGCAAUGCUAGAAGCUAAAAUUGCAAUAUCAAUGAUCUUACAGCGCUUUUCUUUUAUGUUAUCGCCAUCUUAUAGACAUGCUCCCUAUGCAGUCAUAAGCCUUCAACCACAGUAUGGUGCAAACUUGAUUCUUAAAGCGGUGUAGAGAGUGGAUCCAUGAAUUUUCUCCUCCGGAGGCACUAAUGUACUUGAGUGAUUUCUAUUAUGUGUAGAGUUGGUUGUGUCACAAGUUUAUUUUUCAUGUCAUAAUUUGUAUGAAAUUUAUACAUUUUUGCCAUUUAAGUAUUCAGGAGUGUUUGUCCGGCUUAAAGCGAGGGCUUA